CAAAACUUGAAGUUGAACCAAUGAGGAGCCAUGAAGAUGGCGAGAAGGGAAGCGGGGUGUCUCGUGAAAAGCCGACAAGAUCGGCGGGAAAUGUCGGCUGAAUCCAACCAGAGGGAAGCAGAUGAAGCACCGGAAGAGGUGACUUUCAGUAGCGCCCGGGAGGCAGCUGAAAGAAACAUAAAAGCGGCGCUAGAGAUUGUGAGGAGAGAAAAAGCAUUGCUGAAGGAGAAAAGAAGAAGAAAGGAACAGUUAUUCAAAGAGCAGAAGAAACGCAAGUUGCUUCCGGAUAAUAUUCUUGAAGCGAUCACUUCAGUCUCAGAUAAGAAUGACCAGACACAUGACUCGAGUAAAGAAGGUGAAGGUUGUGAUUCUAUGCAGCACCCUGAGGAGGAUAGUGGAUUGGAAGGAGAUGUUGAGGAGUGCUUGGAUACCAGAUGGAAGGAGAGCUAUAUGGCCAUUCGUUUAAAGGACCAAGGGCAAAAAAGCCAGCAGAUUGAAAAUGCUAAAGCUUUCAUUAAUUUUCGACUGUAUGGACCUGGCAGCAGGAGAAGCAGUGUCAAUGAAUACUUCUCAGUAGCAAACAAGAAAGCAGAAAAGAAAAAAGCUGCAAUGCUGUUUGUCAACAAAUCCUAGGGUAAGAAACCUUAGUAUAACCUACAGUUGGUGGCUCUAAAGUAGUAGACUGCAUAAUUGUGGAAAUUAGGCAAGUGUGUAGCAAAAACAGAAGUAUUAAUGGAGGAUUUUAACCUUAACAUAAGUCGUAAGCGGCUGACAAACACCUGUCAGAAAGGUAGAGAGUUUCUGCCGUGUCAAGGAUUAUUUCCUACAACAAAAUAUCCUGGAUGCCACAAGGGGACAGGCAGUAUUGGAUUUAGUAAUGACCUGGAUUUAAUUAGUAACCUAAUUGUGCAUGAACAUUUAUCAAGUAGUGAUCAUAACAAGAUAGAGUUCAGUAUAGUAUUUGAAAGUGAAAAGCCCAAAUCAACUACUAGAAUUUUAAAUUCAGGAUGACCAACGUUAGUGAGAUGAGAGACUGUCUAAAGCAAACUGAAAAAAAUCUGCUUCUUGAGUAUUGUUGGAGCUGCACUUAUCUAAACAAGUAUUCCAUCAUAUCCCUGAUGAUAUGCCUUGUGGAUGCAAGACAGGUUUUGCAAGUCAGAAGAUGUGUGACUCACCACAGAGUUCCCAGCCUCUGCUCUGGUACAAUAUUUAUAAAGCGGUAAUACAGUCCAAGUUUACAAUAUCCUUCAUGUUCUGCUCUUUGAAAUCUUGGCCUUAAUUUUGCUCUGAUGCCAAGAGCUCACAUUCACCAUUCGCAUCAGUAUCUCAGCCCUGGUAUCCAAAGGAUGCAACAUUUGGAAACAAAUCAUAUUAAAGGAUCCUCAUUGUCACAUAGAUUCUAAGUCAAAAAAUAUAAACUAGAAAUGAUGUACAGCAUGCAAAAUAAGGGUUGGAAAAUGUAGAUAAGAUUAAGGAAGUGAGCUGAAAGGGGCACAAAACUUUAAAAUUCUAAAAAUCUUAUGCUAAUUUUCAUCAUUGAAUAAAAUUCCAUGUUAAAUUUUCAGCACACGAGAAGUUGCUGGUAAGUAGUUAUAACCUACCAUGUGUUCAAAUCUCAUUAACACCCUAGUGUCAUUUUCUUCCGCUUUCUUUUUAAAAACUGCAGAGCUAGUGGCCAAGUACAGCUGCAGUCAUUUCAGUACUGGAACUGUCCAUUUUGUGAAUGAUUGAAAUGUAUCGAUUGCGAAUUCUGGACUUGAAUAUUGUGCAUUGUGCAGAAUUUGCUGUGUCCUUCCUAAAUCAUAACAAUAAUACCAUCAGUGCUGAAUUGUUAAUUUCACUUGCAUGCCCCAAGGAUUUAUAGCUUUGCAUGGUAUUUAUUUUACUUUUUAAUCAAAAUAACUUUUCUUUUAGAAGCUGCUGUGAAGUUUUGUAAGUUUAUGGAUUCAGAUUCACUCUUCCACUGGGAAAUAAGGGAAUGGAGCUAUUGGGAAAAUGGAAGUAUACAUGGGGCUCAAAUAGAAGAAAUGGGAGGUCUCUUUGACAGGACACAUACUCUGGACAUUAACAUUUAUGUGCUGAAUUAAUUAAUCUUGAAGAAGCUGUACACCAUAUUUUCUGUAAUAGUUUGAUGCUAUGGUACAAGAUUAUACUGUGUAAUAGCUGUCAGUUGUUACGUUAAUAAAUUGGGAUGCUGGAAGUGUUUCUAAUAUUGUAUACAACGUGUUCUCCAUAAAAAUAUUUAAAGCCGA